UGCUGGCUGUCAGUCGCUGAUUAGCCCGCUCGCAGGCCAGACACUCCGCUCCCAGAUAAGGAAAACUACCCCCCAGAGCUUGUCCACGAAAAUUGUUUUCAAAUAGAUAAGAAAUUGGCAUAAAUUUUAAGCUCACUGCAGAAGACAUUUCAAUUGGUUAACGCAAAGCCAAGCAGCAACAUGCCUUCCGAUCAGGAUCCGAGUCCAGAGCAGAUAAGCCAAGUCAAGACUAGCAUUCUGCAGAGACUGGAGAAAGAGCCACCAGCAGAACCAUUCCAUCCCAACGAUCUAAAGCGAAUUACGGACAGUGACCUUUGGAUCACCAAGCUUCUGCAGGUCUAUGACUUCGAUGUGGAAAAGUGCAUCACGAGGUUGUGGGACAACCUCGCGUGGCGGAAGAGCUUUGGAGUUUAUGACAUCACCGAGGCGAACCUUAAUCAGGAGUUUCUGAACGAUGGCUCCAUCUUUGUGCAUAACAAGGAUAAGGACGGAAAACCCCUGCUGAUCCUCACCAUCAAGAAACACUCGAAGAGCCGCAAUCAGGAGGACCUCCUGCGCAUCCUUGUCUUCUGGAUUGAGCGAUUGCAGCGGGAAAGUAACCUGGACAAAAUUACCAUUUUCAUGGACAUGACUGGCGCCGGUCUGAGCAACUUGGACCUGGGCUUCAUCAAGAGUAUCAUCGGAGUGUUCGAGACCAAGUAUCCCUAUGUGCCAAACUAUAUUCUGGUGCAUGAUUUGCCUUUUCUGCUAGAUGCUGCCUUUAAAUUGGUGAAGACCUUCCUGCCCCCCGAAGCACUGAAGAUCCUUAAGGUGACCACCAAAAAGGAUAUCGAUCAGUAUGUGGACAAGGAUAACUGCCUGAAAAUCUGGGGCGGUAAUGAUGACUACGUUUACAAAUUCGCCUGAAACUUGCCCAACAACUUUGUAUUAUAGUGUAAAUAAUAAUACGUAAAUAAUAAUAUUUACUACUCCA